UCCAAACGCUGUAAAAAAUUGAUUGGAGCAAGUUCUAAUUGCUGCAGUCGUCAGCGUGGAGGCCGGGGGAUGCUGUGUAAUGUCUGGAGGGCUCGGCUCCAGCUUGCUGGCUGCAGUGCUGGCUGCUGGUGGCAUGGCCACUGCGCUCCCCAGAGCAGCUCCUUGCUCCCCAGGUGGACGGGGAGCUGUGAGCCUGUGUGAGUGCCAUGCCAGAAGGCAGUCGGGUGCAGCAGAAGGCUGAGAAACACGAGAGCACGGGGCUUUAAUGACCCCUGGAAGCCCUGGCUUGGCGUUGCAAUCGGAGCUGUUACAAUUAGAGCCGUCGCAUUUAAAGCACGUGCAUUUAAAGCCUCUGCAUUUAAACCCGUGGCGUUUCGAGCCAUCCCGGUUACAGGUGUUGCAGCAGAGGAAUGGCGCUGACCCUUCCCUGGUGAUGCUCGUGCAGAGGCAGCUGCUGCCUGUCCCUGCUGUCCCAGGGCUCCUCGCUGGCGGCCGCAGCCUCUCCGAGCCGCUGGCAGUCGGUGCUCCUGGCCGGAGCACGCUGCCUGCCUGCACAUGGCUUUUUUUAGGUUUACAAACAUUACGGCCCCGUGCACACGUCGCUUCCCCCCUCCCUUCCCGUGAGUCAUCAGCCCCGUCACCAGUGCCGGGGAGCACAGGCCAGGGAAGCCGGAGGCGGCGUCUGCGCUUCCCCCUUGGCGCUGAUGACCCCAGUGGAGAAAAAAUAGAAAUUGGGUAUUUUUUUUUUUUUUUCCCCUCCCUUUUUUGGUCAUGGAAAAGGUUGAGCGAGACGAAGAAGGCGCAGCGGUGACGGCUGUGAUGAUGCCACCUCUGUUUGUGGCAUCACCCGCCAUGGGACGUUUUGGGAGAGGAUGGCAGCACAGCCUCCAUCCAGGGGCUGCGCGAAUGCCGUGCUACACCUGGCGAUUUUGGAGUGGGCUGAGGAACCCGUGGCCGAGCUCGGAGCUGUGCGUGCCCCCUGACAUGGGACGGAGCAUCGGUCUCUGGCUGCGUGCACGGAGGUGCUGGAGCCCCCGCACUGAGCUCAUCGUGGCUGAUGUGGCUGCGGUGACUCAGCAGCGCCAGCGCUGACUCAGCGGCACUGCGGACCCCAGGAGGCAGCCGAGGUGGGAGGGGGCUGUCAUUUUUCUGGGGGAGUAAAAAGGGAGAUGUUGCGCGGCGUGCUGCAAAAAACCGUUGUGCCGGUGCUGAUCGGGUGUGUGCUGAAAGGAUGUGAUGCAAACGCAGCCCCGCGUAGAAAGGCUCCUGCUCGCUUUUCAGAUGGUUCUUCAGCGCUGUGUGUAGGAAGAGAUGCAGCGGCUCUGACUGAGCAUGUGUCUGAGCCCGUACGUAGGGUGGAGAAGGAGCUCGCCCUGCUUGACCCCAGCCUUGCUGCCUUGCUAACCUCAUGGUGGGGGUCUUCAUGCCUUCCCCUCCAUGGGGAGCUGUUUGUGCGCCGGUGCUGGCUGCCGGCCGCCGUGCUGGGGUGAGUACAGGGAAACACCGCUCAGCGGGGAGGGCACUUGGCAAGAGGACGCGGCUGUGGCGAUGUCCCCAUUGGGGGUGGCAGCUAGCUUGCUCCGCCGGGCUUUCGGCUGUGCGUGCACCACAGGGAUUGGAGCCAAACAGGAAAAUGUGCAGUCCGCUUCUGUACUUGUAAGAAAGAGGCUCUCAGCCUGAAGCCGGUGAAAGGGGAAGCGGCCGUCCCGUGUCUCCGCGCCGGCUUGCAGAGCAGGAUGCGUCCCCCGAGAGGCUCUUCCUGGAUGUGACUUGGUUCCCGUCACGUCCGCUCUGGCAUUUCGGGACCCCCCUGGGUCCGGCGGGGCACGUGGGGCGGCAUUGGUGGUGUUUCGGGACAGGUCCGGGGGGCGACCCGGUUGAUGGCCCCAGAAGAGGCCCAAUGGAAGAAGGGCUGAUCGACUAUGGCGGCGAGAGGAGACUGAGCGAGGGCGGCCGGCUGGGCCUGGCCGCUGGGGGCCGGCCGCAGGCGGGGGGCAGCGCUCUGAUGGAGCCCAGCGGAUGGCUGCCCGGCCACCCCGCCGGCCCCGCGCGCCUGGAGGAUGCCCGCAACCUGGUGGCCUUCUCGGCGGUGGCCGAAGCGGUGUCCUCCUACCGGCUGCCCGCUCCGGGCUCACCCUCGCUGCUCUACAAGAAGUUUGACACCGAGAUGAACCGGGGAGGGCUGGCGCCGCGGGACGGCGUGCCACGGGGGGAGGACCUGCACGCCCUCAAGGCCGCCCUCGCCCUGGCCAAGCACGGCAUGAAGCCCCCCAACUGCAACUGCGACGGCCCCGAGUGCCCCGACUACCUGGAGUGGCUGGAGCAGAAGAUCCAGGCGGCCCUGGGAGAGGACCCGCUGCCCCACGCCCCGCCGCCCCCCGACAAAGGUGCUAUCACCCCCCCUGCGGUGCUGGAGGCCGCCGAGCCGUGCCCGUCGGACGGCCUCCCCUUUUCCCAAAGUGCACUGAACAUCGCCAAGGAGAAGAACAUCAGCCUGCAGACAGCCAUCGCCAUCGAGGCGCUGACGCAGCUCUCGGCUGCGCUCCCGCAACCCGGCGCUGACGGGCCGCCCCCCCCGCCGCCACCACCGCCGCCCCCCCCGGUGCCCCCCGUCCCCCCGGAGCCAUCCAUCAGCGCGGUGCCUCCGUCGGGGACCGCCGACCCUAUGGCGGAGCUGGAGCAGCUCCUGGGCAGCACCGAGUACAUCACGGCAGCCUUCAAGCGGCCCGAGGCCGGCAGAGCCCCCCCUGCAGCAGCGCAGAAGCCCCCGGAGCGGGCGCCGGGCAAGGAGGCGGCGAGCAGCCCCCGCGUGCUGCAGGAGCCUGACCUGCACAGGAAGACGCAGCUGGUUCUGCAGCAGCACCUGCACCACAAGCGCAGCCUUUUCCUCGAGCAGAGCCUCUCCACGGCCCCCCCGGAGCGCCCGCCCGGCUGGUGGACCCCCAGCACGCCCAAGCCCUUCGAGAAGCAGGCCAAGGAGAAGAAGAAGAGGAUGCAACCGGACAAGCCAGCCCGCAAGCAGGUGCAGAUCAAGAAGCCCAAGCAGAAGGACUCCCAGCCUCUCUUCCUGCCCUUCUGGCAGAUCAGCUUGGAGGGGCUGCGGGCCCCCACCGAGCCCCCCGCCGCAGCACCGCAGCCCGAGCCCUCGCCGCCUGCCCCGUGCCCGCCUGCCGCUCCCGACUCUCAGGAAAGGGGUACCCCCGGGGGGGACACCCACAGCCACCCGCCGGCACCGGGCCCGGAGGGAGUGCCGCCCGCUGUGGUAGACGACAAGCUGGAGGAGCUCAUCCGGCAGUUCGAGGCCGAGUUCGGGGAUACCUUCAGCCUGCCGCCCACCGGGGCCACCGCGCUGCCAGAGGGGCCGCCGCCAGCCCCCCAGGUGCCCCCCACCGCCGCCAGCACCGCCGCUGUGGCCCCUAGCAAUGCCGCCCCUGGGGGCUCCACGCUGUCGCCGGGGAAGGGACCUCCUCCAGAGCAUCUCUUCUCCGUGCGCUCCCCCAAGCAGAUCAAAAUCGAGUCCUCUGGUGCUAUCACCGUGGUGUCCACCACGUGCUUUUAUUCCGAGGAGAGCCAGAACGCCGACGAGGCCGAGGGGACGCCCACCAAGGACGAGGUGCCACUGACCCCCACCCUCAGCGGGUUCCUGGAGUCUCCGCUCAAAUACCUGGACACGCCGACCAAGAGCCUGCUGGACACCCCCGCCAAGCGCGCACAGGCCGAGUUUCCCACCUGCGACUGCGUGGAGCAAAUCGUGGAGAAGGACGAGGGGCCGUACUACACCCACCUGGGCUCGGGGCCCACCGUGGCAUCCAUCCGGGAGCUGAUGGAGGAGCGGUACGGCGAGAAGGGCAAGGCCAUCCGCAUCGAGAAGGUCAUCUACACUGGGAAGGAGGGGAAGAGCUCCCGGGGCUGCCCCAUCGCCAAGUGGGUGAUCCGGAGACACAACCAAGAGGAGAAGCUGCUGUGCCUGGUGCGUCACCGAGCUGGCCACCACUGCCAGAACGCUGUCAUCAUCAUCCUGAUCCUGGCCUGGGAGGGCAUCCCCCGCACGCUGGGCGACACGCUGUACCAGGAGCUCACUGACACCCUCACCAAGUACGGCAACCCCACCAGCCGCCGCUGCGGCUUGAACGAUGACCGGACCUGUGCGUGCCAAGGCAAGGACCCCAACACCUGCGGCGCUUCCUUCUCCUUCGGCUGCUCUUGGAGCAUGUAUUUUAAUGGCUGCAAAUAUGCCCGAAGCAAAACUCCGCGGAAGUUCAGGCUGGUGGGGGACAAUCCCAAGGAGGAAGAGCUGCUCCGGAAAAGCUUUCAGGACUUGGCCACUGAGGUUGCUCCGCUUUACAAGAGGCUGGCACCGCAGGCCUACCAGAAUCAGGUUACCAACGAGGAUAUCGCAAUAGACUGCCGGCUGGGCUUGAAGGAGGGGAGGCCGUUUUCAGGGGUGACAGCGUGCAUGGACUUCUGUGCUCAUGCUCACAAAGAUCAGCAUAACCUCUACAAUGGCUGCACAGUGGUCUGCACGCUGACAAAAGAAGACAAUCGUGUGGUGGGGAAGAUCCCCGAGGAUGAGCAGCUGCAUGUCCUCCCCCUCUACAAGAUGUCCAGCACGGAUGAGUUCGGCAGCGAGGAGAACCAAAACGCGAAGGUGGGCAGCGGGGCCAUCCAGGUGCUCACGUCCUUCCCCCGUGAGGUGCGCAAGCUGCCCGAGCCCGCCAAGUCCUGUCGGCAGAGGCAGCUGGAGGCAAAGAAAGCCGCGGCAGAGAAGAAGAAACUGCAGAAGGAGAAGCUGAUGACACCAGAGAAGAUCAAGCAGGAAGCGCUCGAACUUCCUACACUCCAGCAAAAUGCAGGUAUGGCGUUGAAAAGUGGGCUCCCCCCACAGCCGCUGAAACCUUCCAUCAAGGUGGAGCCGCAGAGCCAUUACAACGCCUUCAAGUACAACGGCAAUGCGGUGGUGGAGAGCUACUCGGUGCUGGGCAGCUGCCGGCCCUCUGACCCUUACAGCAUGAACAGUGUUUACUCUUACCAUUCCUACUAUGCACAGCCCAAUCUGCCUUCCGUGAACGGGUUUCAUUCCAAGUUCACGCUGCCCUCCUUUGGGUAUUACGGUUUUUCCAACAACCACGUGUUCCCCUCGCAGUUUCUGAAUUACGGGGUGCCCGAGAGGGGUGAGAGCUGGGUGAGCAACAGCUACGAGAAGAAGCCCAACAUCCAGGUGCUGCAGGAGAACCUCAACCAUACCUACAGGAACACGGAUUUCCCCGAGCCCAUCCCACACAGCGUCCGGAGCAAAAACCAUCACCAGCGCACCUACGAGCGGGCCAGCCGCUAUGCCAGCCAGCAGAAGGCGGCGGCAGCCGGGGUGCACAGGACUAGCACGGGCUCGGAGGAGGCAUCGCCGUUUGCACAGAACUGUUUUGGCAGCAGGGCCAUCAAGCAGGAGCCCCCGGACCCUCCGCCCAGCAUCGAGCCCCUAAACAACCCCGCAGAGGCCGUGCCCGGCACCGGUCUGGCUUUACCCUCUGUCCCCGUACCGGCACACGGCGGCGGCCUGGAGCAGCAGUGGAGUCCUUACAAAGCAUCAUCCCGAGGUUCGUCUUCCCCCGAGCGGACUAGUGCGACGGAGAGCUCGUGGAGCAGCCUGGUGCCGGGCGCCGGAGGACGGGAGAAGCUGAGCGCCUUCGAUGCCGCCGUGCGCCUGCCGCUGCCAGAGAAGCAGUGGCCCAACGUCCUGGCAGGAGAAGCGUCAGCAGCGUGCGGUUCCAGCUUGCUGCCGAAGCCAUGGAGCCCCUGCAAGCUGGGGGAGACGGUGCUGGGCGGUGCAGGUACCCCGACCCUGCGGGACAAGGGCUGGGAGCUGGGUCCGCUGGGCUUUGGCUCGGCCCUCCCGGAGCUGCCCGUCUUCUCUGAAGAGCCAUGGGGUUCCAGCAAGGCCGAGGGGCAGAGGACGCCGGCGCCCGUGGCGGGGCUGUCCGAAAAGCCAUGGGAGGCGGCGGCAGUGCGUGAGAAAGGGGCGGCGGGGGUCCGCCGGGAGAAGCCGUGGGACCCCUUUGGGCUGGAGGAAAGCGUCGAGGAGGCGCCGGUGAAGGCGGUGAAGGAAGAGGAGGAGGAGGAAGAAGAAGAGGAGGAGGAGGAGGAGUGGUCGGACAGCGAGCACAACUUCCUGGAUGAGAACAUAGGUGGCGUGGCCGUGGCGCCCGCACACGGCUCCAUCCUCAUCGAGUGCGCCCGCCGCGAGCUGCACGCCACCACCCCGCUGAAGAAACCCAACCGCUGCCACCCCACCCGCAUCUCCCUGGUCUUCUACCAACACAAGAACUUGAACCAGCCCAACCACGGCCUGGCGCUGUGGGAGGCCAAGAUGAAGCAGCUGGCGGAGCGCGCCCGGGCCCGGCAGGAGGAGGCGGCGCGCCUGGGCCUGCAGCAGGACGCCAAGGCCUUCGCCAAGAAGCGCAAGUGGGGCGGCGUGCUGGCGGCCGAGGCGGCCACCAAGGAGCGGAGGAACGCGGUCCCCACGCGGCAGGCGGUGGCCAUCCCCACCAACUCCGCCAUCACUGUGUCCUCCUACGCGUACACCAAGGUGACGGGGCCCUACAGCCGCUGGGUCUGAGGCGGAGGCGGCCGCCGCAGCCCUUCUUACCUCAAAGUCGGCAGCACUGGAGUCCCGGUGCUGCUUCGUGGUGCUUUCUCCUCGGGCAUGGGGGAGAAGAAAAAAAAAAAAAAAAGAAAAAAAAAGAAAAAAAAAAAGGCGAAAUAAACCCAACGUUACGCUUGGAAACAAUGGAACCAAGGCGGGUGCAAGCUGCACUUGGCAAAGAGUAGGAAAAUAGGAAAGGAACAAUGCUCUUUGACGUUUUUCGGUAACCUAAUAUUUAUAGCUCUGUGUUUUUUUAAUCUAUCCUUGUGCACUGCAAGAAUGGAGAGAGAAGUUUAUAGCGUCCUUUCGCAAAGGAGAGGUUUUUAAUUCCACUUAAAACCACGUAUUUAUUGGAUUAUUAUUAUUAUUAUUUUUUAAUCUGACGACAAUGACGAAGCCGACCUUCAAAAACGAAGCAAACAUCAAGAAAAAAUAAAAUAAAAUACAUGGAUAAAUUAAAAAAAAAAGAAAAAAAAGAGAAACGACCCAAACCAGCGUACAAAGGCAGAGGUGGAGCUCCCCAGCGCCGUGCAGGUGGCGGGGAUCGGGGAUGGCCUCGCAGAGCCACCUGGAAACGCGUGCUCUGACGUGGGCCGGACGCACCGAACAUGGGAUAUUUUUUUUUUUAAUGGUUUUCCCAAGGACCUACAACAGCUGUUUUACAACUGGAGGAGUCCAUCCCCGUGGGUGGAGACCUCAGGGCAUCGUGUGGAGGGUUGCUGCUCCCGGAGCUCCGUGCUCGGGUGCGGGGCUCUGCGCUCAUGUGGGGCCCCGUUGGCCCGAGGAGAAGAGGAGCAGCCCGGCGGCGGCUGCGUCUCCGAGAAACCCGACAGGAAUCGAACGCAAAAAUAGGAAAACAAACAAACAAACAAAAAAACAACAACCCGAAACAAAACACAAACCCACAGAAACAACAAGACAAAACUGUGAAUAGCUAGCGUUGCUCUCUGUACAUCACUGUUGCUGAAGUCUGGUGCUUUCAGUCUCUGGGGGAUUUGGGCCGUACGAGCGGCUGUGGGAGGAGCGAACCCAGGACUCGUCUCCCCAACACCCUCAGUCCGACGGGCGAGUCGGCGCGGCGGUGCGCUGCGCGUUUUUCUCUCCCCAGGUGCCAUCAUCUCACCUUCCUCCAGAUUGCCGUUCUUCCCACAAAAAAAAAAAAAAACACCCACCCACCCACCAACCCAACAACACUGCGUGGUGCUUUCCCAACAACCUCAGCUGAGGUUGCCGCCCUUGAGCCGUGCCGGGUGCUGGGUGCGGGACGGGGCCGCGCCGUCGCUUUGCACUUCCAGGUGCCUUUUGGGGAACGCGCGAGCGAGAGCCGGCGCCGUCACCGUGCUGAAGUCACCCUGUGUUUACUGUAACGUUCCCCGCGCACUGGCACAGCUUGGCAGGAUCUCGGUAAAACAGCCUGAAACCUUUGUGUAGUCCGAUUUUAAAACCUGUACAUAGGGAAAAAAAAAAAAAUUUUAAAAGCACUUUCACCUGGAUUUAAAAAAUGAAAACGAAACUUAAAAAAAAAAAAAAAAAAGGCAAAAAAAAGAAAAGAAGCAAACUCCCUUUUCCCCUCUCCCGGCAACUUGAAAGCAGUAUGUUUUAGACACAGUUAUGGUGGGAGAACUGUAAAUACUGGCAGAAUAUUUAACAUGCUUUGUCCGUCCUUCAUAAUUUGUUUUUUUUAACUGUAAUCUGUAAAGUCGCGUAUAUUUGACAAGGAAAUUCAAUGAGCUAUUAUCGCUUUUCUUAUAAGUACCCAAUAGCAUAUCAGGAUUGUAGAGUUCAUGGCAAGUCAGACCUUAGGUUGGCCCACGGGUGCCCUGGGGCCACGUGCCUCAGGGCUUGUUUAUGGGUGUUGGCCAUGGGGUUCAGCUGUUGGUCUUGGCCAUAGGUCUUGGCCAUGGUUUUGGCCAUAGGUCUUGGCCAUAGCAUUUGGCCAUGGGUCUUGGCCAUGGGUCUUGGCCAUGGUCUUAGCCAUGGGCCUUGGUCAUGGAGCUUGGCCAUGGGUCUUGGUCAUGGUCUUGGCCAUGGGUCUUGGUUAUGGAGCUUGGCUAUAGGUCUUGGCUGUAGCGUUUGGCCAUGGGUCUUGGCCAUGGGCCUUGACUGUGGGGCUCAGCCGUGGUGCAGCGGCAGCGCUGUUUGGAGGGCAAAGAAUGAAAGAGGUCGGAUUCGGGUGCCGGCCUCGGUUUGCUUCGCCCAGGUCUUGUCUGACUUCCGUGCUGUAGGUUGUCGCAGGGGUGCCUUGAAAGCUUUGCGUAGAUGAUGUUAGCAAGAAAUUUGCGGCGUUUGGGAGAAAGGGGCGCGUUUGGAGAAUGUUUCGGUCCGUGCAACCUGUCUAAGUCCUGCUUCCUUGGAGGUGUCUGGUUUGGGGGCUUGCUCCAGCGCAGCUUCCCCCCCUGCCUUGAAGGGAGGCUCAAACUGGUCCGGCGGGGGGGCAGCGGCGCGUGGGUCAGGGCGAGAACUGCUGCAGUCUCACGUUUUUACACUACAUUACGUAUAACCUACCUCAAAUCUCAGUCAUGGAAAAUUAGCAUGCUUCAGACUUCUUAUAUGAAAACUAGAAAACUAUGCACAGCUCUUUAACCCCUUGCUGCUGAGAGUCUGUUUUAAGCAAAAUCUUUUUCUUUAUCUGUACCAGCACCCGUGCUUGUCCCACCCGCGCAGAAGCCAUGGGGUGGAAGCACUGCGGGGACGUCCCGGUGUGGGGUGGGCAGUGGGGUGUGCUGGGGGCGGCGUUUUUAAUCGCAUCGGGGCCGGGGGGGGGACACUUUGCAGCAGGUCACAGCCACACUGGUGCUAGAACAACACCCACGAUAGGAACCGGGGGGAGAUCUCCGCGCACACCGCGGUGUUCCCGGCCACGGUGUGUACCUCGGUGCUGGCCGGGUGCCGCUCCCCCUCUUGGCACUCUUGGGAUGAGGCUCAGGAAGGAGAAGGAAACCAGAAUCCCUGAGGUGCCUCAAUUGCUAACUUUUCCUUUUAGUACUGGAAUAUGCUUUGUGGGCUCUUUAAGGCAUAUUUUUAUUAAAUGAAAUCUUCUAAUCAAAAUGGUGCUAUGGUGUUUUAACAAACUGUAUCAUGCUUCUGCCUGAUUCCAUCUUGCCGAGGUGCUACUAAUGUAUAUAUGAAACUAGAGAACCAAGAAAAAAAAAAAAAAAAGCAAUGAUGUCGUUGAGAAGGAAGUUUACUUUUCUGGAGCGACAGCUCAAAGCGUGCCGGGAGCAUCUUGUUCUUAUGCAAACAGAAACCGGUGCCACGCUGAAGCGUUGGGGGCACCUUUGCUUUGCGGCGGCUUCAUUCCCCUCCAGGAACCAAGGGUGGGCAGACACGGUGCUUAGAUGUGGUCCCCAGCCCCAGCGCGUGGCCAUGGUGCUCGGGCAUGGUGCUCGGCCCCGCGCUGGGGACACGGUGCUUGCUUGCGGUGCUUGGUCGCAGUGCUCGGCCACAGUGCGUGGCCUCGGUGCUUGGCUGUGGUGCUCAGCCAGGUGUGUGAACACGGUGCUUGGUUGUGGUCUGUCGGUGCUCAGCCGCGGUGCAUAGACUCGGUGCUCAGCCAGAGGGUGUGAGCACGGUAUUCGGUCACGGUGCUUGGCCGCGGUGCUCGGCGGUGCUAUGGAUGUGGCGCUCGGCCGCCGUGUAUGAACGUGGUGCUUGGAUGUGGUGCUCAGCCAGGGAGGGGAACAUGGUGCUCAGCUGUGGUGCUCAGAGCUGGUGUGCGUGCAGAGCACGCGGGCACGGUGCUCGCUCAGAUGGUGCUUGGGCACCGAGCAUGGUGCUCAGACAUUGUCCGCAGUCACGGUGCUUGAACAGGGUUCAUGGACACAGUGCUUGGGCACGGUGCGUGGACGUGGUGCUCAGGAACAGUUGCUCAGGCGUGGUGCUCGCCCACCGUUCACCAACACUGUGCUUGAAUGUGGUGCUCAGUUGUGGGGCGCGGAUGUGGUGCUGGGGCACGGUGCUUCAACUUGUUUGCCCACUGUGCACAGACGUGGUGCUGGGGCAUGGUGCUGGGGCACCGCGCUCACCCACCGAGCAUGGCCCUGGUGCUUGGUCCUGGGGCAAACACGGUGCUCGAGCACAACACAAGGGCCUGGUGCUCGCCCUCCGAGCGCGGCCAUGGUGCUUGGACCUGGUGCGUGGCCGCUGCACCCCGACGCGGUGCUGGCACCUCCUGGCCUUGGAGCUCCUUUCCCUCCCCGAACAGCAGGCUUUGGCUGCGGGGAGCUGUGGCAGGGGAUAGCUGGGCUUCACGCUUCUCCCAUCUCUUCAUUUUCCUUUCCACCUCCCCUCUCUCCUUUCCAUUUUUUUUGGGUUUCAUUGGUGCUACUUUUUCCCUUUGGGUUCCCGUGAACUGAGGGGGCAGCAGCCCCCCCCGUGCCCCAAACCAAGGCAAAUACCUCAACCCCGCACCCCGCAGCGCCGCGGCAGCGAAGGCAGUGAAACCGGGGCGAAUCUUUCCGAAAUCAGGGAUCCUUUCGCAGCGGUGUUAGUUCCUAUUUUUAUUUUUAUUUUUAUUUUUCCUUUCAUUGACCCUUUCCGCCCGGGCUUUUCCUCAUUUUCGCAUCCUUCAGGGAUUACAAACUGCCGUAGUUUCAGCCUUGUUUUAUUCUGGGAGCGUGUCGCCGGUGGGGUUUUUUUGCAUCGCGGCGCAGAGAAUAGGAAGGAAAAGGAAACAAACAAACAAGCGAGGAAAAAAAAAAAA